AUGAGUUUGCUCAUGGGCGAACCCGCCAUCAGUGGUAUGUUGGAGUCUCAAAGCAGAGGUCAGCAGCAUGCUGCUAUCAAAAAGUUUAUACAAGGAGAAUUUGCUGUCGAAAGACAGAAGAUAGCCUUGAUUCAGCAGCAAGACUCUCAUCAGUCGAUGGGUGGGCCAACGCACAUGCGCCGACCCAAAACCUUGAAGAUUGAUAUCUCAAGGUACAAGAGAAUCGAUGAAGAUUCCCUUUUGAGUUGGUUCGUCGAGUUAGACGACGCCAUCAGGGCCCGUCUCAUCGAGAGUGACGAGAUGCAAGUCACCUUCGCCCUGUCAAAUUUGACGGGACGAGCAAAGACUUGGGCCUUAGGGCUCAAGCUUCACGACCCAAACGUGUUUGGGUCAUUGGAUAUCUUGAAGUAUCGGCUCAAAGAGACGUUUUUUGAUCCGCCGAGAGCCGAGUACAGAGCACGCUCUGCACUCUUGAGGCUAAAGCAAGGUAAGAGUGACGUGCACGCUUACGCACAGCACCUGCGCUACCUUGCAAGUAGCGCUACGGAGAACCCUGUUGAUGAGCACACGAUCAUCAACGUGUUCAUCUACGGCCUUUUAGAUGGGCCGGUGAAGACCUAUAUGUUCCGAGAGGACUUCCAUACGCUGGAAAAGGCGAUAGCGUAG